AUGUCAAAGCUACUGAAACUGCCACGUAUCGACUACUAUUUUGACGUGAUCUCGCCGUAUAGUUAUAUUGGUUUCGAGAUCCUGCAAAAAAUGGAAUCCCAAUGGAAAGACGUCUCAAUCCGUUACAUCCCAUUCUUCCUUGGUGCAGUCAUGAAGGAAUCCGGAAAUCGGCCGCCUGCAAUGCUCCCCGCCAGAUCCGUAAUGAUGAUGAGAGACCUUGAUCGAACUGCAAAGUUCUGGGAAAUUCCAUUGACUCAGCCACCAAAAUUUAUGGAAUGGAUUAUGAAGUAUCGUACCACGGGAGCGAUGAAAGUGUUGUUGGUGUUGGAGGAACAGGAUAAGGACCUGAUGCUGAGGGCUGCGCGUGAAAUGUGGUUGAGACUUUGGUCUCGAAGUGAGAAGAUUUUUGAGGAUGGAGAUUUCAUCGAGGUUCUGAAAGCCGUUGGUGUGAAGAAUCCGGAGGAGAUAGUGGCUAAGAGCAAGGAAGAGAAAUAUGCCAAGAUUUUGACGGAGAACACAAAAAUGGGAGUUGAUUUAAGUGCCUACGGUGCUCCAUGGAUUAACGUUGUGACAACUGACGGCAAUGAGCAUUCGUUCUUUGGAUCCGAUCGUUUCCAUCUCAUUGCCGACCUUCUUCAGCAACCACAGCCUCUUCCAGAUAAACUUAUGUCCAGUCAGAAGUCUAAGUUGUAG